UAUGUUUAUACAUGCUGUACUUUGCAGUUUUGCUAAAAAGCAUACCUAAUGGAACCAAAAGACUUCUCUCCCUUCCUACCACAUGGUAUCACGUUUGGCACCUACACUGAUGACGAGAUUUUAGGUCUGAGUGUGAAGGAGUUGACCAACCCCCAGUCUUUUGAUUCCCUGCAACACCCUACCAGUGGCGGACUGUACGAUCCAGCUCUCGGUCCACAAGACAGAGAUGACCAGUGUGAGACCUGUGGUCAGAUGAGCCAGUGGUGUCCAGGCCACAUAGGACAUAUAUCCUUGCCAUUACCUGUGUAUAACCCUGUGUUCUUUAAGAACCUAUUCCAGAUUCUGAAAGGCACAUGCUUUUCUUGUAACAGAUUGCUUGCCAGGGGUGCCCAAUGUUCUCUUAUCACCCACCAGCUGACUGCUUUAGAUCAUGGGUUACUGCACAUUGUAGGGGAGAUGCAGGACUUGUAUUCUAAUGUACUGAAUGAACAGGGAACAGAUAUAAGCAUGGAGGAUACGAUACAGAGACAGCUGGAAGAGUGCCUCCAGUCGGCACUCAGAGUGAACAUAGAAAAUGGUAACUCCUAUCAAGUGAAACACAUCACUGAAAUGAAGCAGCAACUAAUCAAACAAUUUCUCAAGGACCACCUUAUACCAAAAGGCAAAAUAUGUGGACACUGCAAGAUGCCAGUGAAGCCUAUGCGAUCAGAACACAACACAAAAAUCUUUUUCCAGAAAGGACUAGAUAGAAAAAGUGCCAGGGAAAUGAUUGAGAAGAAAAACAGACAGAAACAGCAAAGAAAGCAAGCCCUGCAGGAGGGUAAUUCUGAAUACUUGGAAGAUGAAGUAGUUGAAAUGGAAGAUGAAAAGAAUGAGCCUUCAGAAGAUUUAAAUGAAAAGGAAUUGUCUGCAAUCAGCGAACAGCUGUACUUGACACCUAUGGAGGCACGCAGUCACAUACGAAAAGUGUGGAGUAAUGAUAAGGCAGUUUUCAUGAAACUGUUUGGGGCUUUAAUUAUGAAAAACUCACACAAAUACCCAACAGAUAUCUUCUUCUUGGAUGUUGUGCCUGUAGCACCAAACAGAUUUAGACCGAUGGCUGUGAUGAAAGAGAGAAAAUAUGAACAUCCCCAGUCAGGGAAUCUUAGUAAAGUUCUCCUAGAUGCCAUUACUAUACGUCAGAUAUUGGCAGAUAUUCAGAGGUCAGAGAAAGAAGGUGCUGAUAUAACACGCUCUGAAGAAGAAACG